AUGUCCCAGUUUUCUGCUGGUUCAAAGGCGAACUCUCCCUCCUCCUCUCCGCCCAACGAGUCACCCUUGACCAAUCCUCCCAAAGGCGAAAAGAACACCUUCGUCAACCACCAGCGUGUUCCCUCUCGUCCCCUCACACCACCGUCGAAUCUGGACUAUGGCACCCCUCUGAGCACCUCGCCCAAUUCAAACAACAGCACCCCCAAUCACCAACGACGCAGCUCACGGCCCUUGUCCAUGGUUAUGCCCUUUAUACCACCCAGCAUGGACGUCAACGAGGAUACCAUUCCCGAGCUUCAGCCUAUCUUCUCCUUGCUCAACACACAGCAGAACAAAUUCUACCAUGAGGGCUAUUUUUUAAAGCUGGACGACCAAAGUACUCAGGGCCAGCCCAAUGCCGACCGAACGUGGACAGAAGUCUACGCCCAGCUGGUGGGCACUGUCCUGUCCUUUUGGGAUGCCCGCGAGCUUGAGGCCGUCGAAAAGAUUGGCGGCGAGGUGUUACCCAAGUUCCUAAAUCUCACAGAUGCCUCUCUUAAGAUGAUUGAUUCAUUGCCAACCCGGUCUGCGGACGAAAAACCUCUGGAGAACAUUCUUAGCAUUUCUACGGCUGGCCGUAACCGCUACCUGCUGCAUUUCAAUAACCACGAUGUUCUCGUGCAGUGGACCGCGGCCAUUCGCCUCUCCAUCUAUGAACAAAAUACACUACAGGAAGCAUACACCGGCGCUCUAAUUGCUGGCAAAGGAAAGACGCUUAACAACAUCAAUGUGAUCAUGGAGCGAUCCCGGUUCAAGGUCGAAGAAUGGGUCAGAGUACGUUUUGGCGCUGGCAUGCCUUGGAGGCGAUGUUGGUGCGUCAUCACACCACCAGACGAGAAGGAGUACGCAAAGCUUCAGAAGGAUAUGAAGAAACGGUCGCCAUACGACCGAUCGCAUGUCCCGGUCCUCAAGGGAGACAUCAAGUUUUACGACACAAGAAAGGACGGGAAGAAGCAGAAGAAGGCUCACCCCAUAGCCACCAUCACCGAUGCGUAUUCGGCAUAUGCGAUCUAUCCCACGACCAAAGAUCUCGUCGACACCUCUACCCUUCUGAAAGUUGAGGGCAGUGUGACGAUACAUGCAAAUCCGCCCACAUCUUCAGAGGGCUUCGUGUUCAUCAUGCCGGAGGCGCGCCCUAUGGUUAGUGGGUUCGAAAUGUUACUUCGGUUUCUCUUUCCCACAUGGGACACUUUCGGACUUUACGGGCGACCCGGAAAGCUUGUAGCCAGUAUUCUCGACCCAAGAUCCCUCAUGUUUGCCAUGCCAAAAAACAGACGAUAUGGAUAUCUCGAGCUGGUGGAUGUCAUCGCUCUCCUUGCCGAGGGCGGAAAUUCGAGCUGGAACGAAGAAGAAUGGAGGAAGAAGCUCAAGGAGUCCACAGGCACCAGGAUGAGUGCCAUUGAGGAUGGUACGAGGUCUCCACACUCACGCAGCGACAGCCGUGGCAGCGCACAAACCAGCGGCAAUCGAUCCAGGUCUCAGUCCUUGAGCUCAUCUCUCCACCACGAUGCGCCAUCCACACAGCAUCCCCCCAUGCCCAGUGCGCCCUUCGGUCGCAUGCGAAAUGAUUCGGACCCAACCUCUUUCUCCCGGCCUGGAGCACCAGAAGGACCUGGCGCCAAUCUCGCUGGAGAUUUCCCAUUAAGAGGCCAAACGCCACUGGGCGGCUCUCCUCCUGAUGGGCUUCUGAGUGACUCAUUCAGUUCUGAUUCGGAACGCGGCGGUUCUCCUCCUACCCUCGGACCCAUGCGAGACAUGAACACCCCGGAGCCAGUAUCCAGGCCUCCCGAAUUUGGUCAUCCUGGGCAGCAACGACCAACUAGCAAAGUCUACCACUCCCCGGAUUUGCGCCGGGCCAACAACCGGCUCUCCAACUCAACGCUCUCGCAGAUUGCCAAAACCGGUGGGCUUGGUCUCCCUCAGAAUAACAAUGCUAAUGAACCCCGCCGAGGCGGAAUGGAGGAUCAUAGGAUGCCUGGGCCUUCGGUACAUUCAAACGCCAACUCCCUGGGGAUAUCUGCUAACGACAGUCGCGAAGCUGUGAACUCGAGCCCAUUCAGCGGCGUACCUCCUUCAUUGGGUGUCCCACAAGGCCCCCAGAAUCCCUACGCACAAAGCUCAGACGGCUCUCGCCCCCAAACCUCGGAAGGCCGGAGGUCGCCCUACCCCCCCAACGGUCCUGGUCCUCGACCACCACCACACGGUUUCCCAGGUGGUCCACUGCCCCAGGGACGCGGGCGCCCUCCUCCUGGCAACGGCCCUCCACCUCAAGACUUUUAUGGACGAGGACGAGGUUCAGGCCCCAGACCUCCCCCUCAUCAAGGUCCUUCCCAGCCUUUCCCUGAUAGAACUACCAGCAUGGACAAACAUAGCAGCAUGACCCCCGAUGCCAUUAUUGAUCAUUAUGUAACAGACCAUGGCCAUGGACAUGAUGAAUGGCCGAGGGAAUCCAACUAUCAAACAACACCGGACCGGACUGAGCGACCCCGCGUGGGCGUUCUGAAGACUGUCGGAGGUGAGGAUGGGGGACCGCCACCUAUGAGAAAAAACUUCGACAUUCCAGAUGUUGAGUUUGGCCCGACGUUUAACUAUGGUGCUGGACCUCCCCGGCACAAGCCGGGCCCUGGGCCUAACGGUCCGCAUGGCCAACGGCCAUACUCCCCAGCAGGACCUAGACCUGGUACUGCCGGGCGAGGGUCUCCUGCCGGCCCCCAUGGGCCUCAACAAAGACGGCAUGACGAAUCCGGUAGGACAGUGCCAUGGCACCCGAGCAACUCGUCUGCAGCACCCGGACAGCUAGGGCCUGCGCCUCCAAGUCAUGGUCACCCUCGGCCGAUGCAAGCCGGAGGGGCUCCACCUCAUCAGGGCGAUCCCAGAUUCAUGCCUCCACCAAACCAGUACACUGGAGGCCCUGGACCAAACCGUCCGCCUCAACAGCGAAACAUUCACCCUCAAUACCAGGGUCAGGCAUUCUGA